AUGACUAUUACUUAUUCGUUAGAUGUAGCCAAUACACGAUUUUGCGGAUUUGCGAAACUUUUAGGACGUUGGAAAGGAAGCAUUUAUAAAAUUUUGUGGAAGGAGUUACUCGUAUUUACAAUUGGAUAUUCUCUAUUGAGCGUCACCUACAGGGUUCUACUGAACGAGGGACAGAAAAGAUCUUUCGAGCACGUUGUCAUUUACUUCGAGACAUUCAUCGAUCUCAUUCCUCUGUCAUUCGUCCUUGGGUUCUACGUCUCGUUGGUUAUUGGGAGAUGGUGGAGUCAGUAUGAUACAAUUCCAUGGCCCGACAGACUUUGCUAUAUGAUAGCUGCAUAUGUGCAUGGUGCUGAUGAAAGGAGUCGCAUGAUUCGGAGGACGCUCGGACGCUACUUGAUCCUGAUGCAAGCCUUGACGUGCCAGUCUGUCAGCACGUCGGUCAAGAAGAGGUUCCCGUCCACGCAACAUCUUGUCGCUUCAGGAAUAAUGACAAAGGAAGAGCGUACCGUGUACGAGAAUUUAGACGCUCCUUACGGUAAAUGGUGGCUUCCGGCUCUAUGGUUCAGCGGAUUGGUCAUGCGAGCCAAAAAGGAAGGAAGAAUAAAAGAUUCCAUUUUAGAAGAUGGAUUGUUUAGGGAAUUCUGUCUGUAUAGAAGCGCUUGUGGUAUGAUGUUCAGUUAUGACUGGAUAAGUGUUCCUCUUGUUUAUACUCAGGUAGUCACUCUGGCGACUUACACGUACUCGGUGGCUUUAAUGGUGGGUAGACAAUACUUGGAUCCAGAGAAAGACUAUAAGAAUCAUCAAGUGGAUAUGUAUGUUCCCGUAUUCACUCUGUUACAGUUCUUCUUUUACAUGGGAUGGCUAAAGGUUGCAGAACAAAUAGUCAAUCCUUAUGGGGAAGAUGAUGAUGACUUUGAGCUAAAUUGGUGUUUGGACAGGAAUUGCCAGGUUGUGUACUUAAUUGUGGACCACUUCCAUACGAAACAUCCGAAGCUGCGGAAGGAUAAAUUUUGGGACGAAAUGCUUCCUGAACUACCACAGACAAAAAUUACAGCUAAAUAUGUCAAGAAUCCCCAAUUAGGAUCUGCAUUUAAUAUGGAAGUCGAUCCCGCCGAUUCAGAGUUCUUACCAAUGGAUACCUUGUUAGAGGAGGAUAAUGAAGCCAAUGUAUACUCUAGUGAUUCUAUGAAACAUGCAAAUGGUGUGCGCUACAGACCUUCCUUUCUCAUGAACAUUCUCAACUCUAACUUUGGGCAGAACACUCGCAAACGUUCCAUGCAGAAGACGGACAGCUUCAAGGAUCAAUGGCACGUAAACCCUGCUUAUACAAUAAAUAUGGAAAGAUCCGCUCCGCCACGAGGAAGCAUGCCAAUUACGAGUAGAAAAUCAAGCUUGGCAAAGAAAUCUCCAGCGCACAGCCGAGCGUCAAGUAUAUCUUUCAAUCCUAGCAGCAUCAGCAGGCAUAGACAUAAGUCGUAUGAUUUUCAACAGGCUGAAACGACCCAUGCAAAUGGCCAUAUUGCAGAGUGUGAAGGUAAUGGGAUCUUUUCGACGAUGGCCGCAGCGAUGGCACCAGUUGUAGCCAACUUCGAAGAUGAAUCAGAUUCGAACCACAUGGAAGAGGAUACUGGAUAUCAGAAGACUGAGAGCUACAUGCCUGCCAUUCCAGAAGAACCUUCCCGACCGAUAUCCAUGGUAAGUACAGAACCUCAGUGCCAAGAACUAAAAACAAACCAAAGGGAUGACGUACAGAACUUGGUGGCAGAAGCUAGUAAAGUUUUGGAAGAGCUAAAUAAAGUGGUAACAUCACAGGGUCACCGUAAAGAUUGCGCUUCGAAAGAUUAUAAAUCUUGCUGUUCGUUGGAAAUGAGCGAAGCUUCUACCGAGGAAGACGAUAUUGGUUCAAACCGAACACCAGUGGAAAUGUGUGACAAUAUCGAUAAAAGUCCCGCUGUCAUAGAAAUCGGGGAAAUUCGUGAAGAGGAAGACCUUUCCUCGCACGAUUCUAGAGUAUGAUAAUAAAAUUUGUACUUAUACAAGUUUAAUCAUACACUUCGAAUCCUUGUUUUCUUAACUUAAAGAUGGUUUAA